CUGCGUCUCAAGACUCUCAAGUCAUGAAGAUCGCCGAAAACUGAGGUUGGACGCCCACGUCAAUCGAUCCGAGAAGAUCGCACCGUAAGACAGGAGCUUGAGAAUUCCUUGUCGAAGGGUGACAAAUGUCUGAUAGCGCGACAGCGAGGAGCACGUCGCUUGGACUUUGAGUUCUUUGUCAAGGAAAAAUGGAAGUUCCUCCGGCUCCGGCCGCAGCUGCGCCCCCUGCGGCGCCAGGUUCCGCGGCACCGACUUCAGCGGACGCUUGUCUCUCUAUUGUGCACAGUUUGAUGUUCCACAGACAAGGGGGUGAAAGCGAAAGCUUCGCGAAGAGAGCGAUAGAAUCCCUCGUCAAGAAACUCAAAGAAAAGAGGGAUGAAUUGGAUUCGCUCAUUACGGCGAUUACGACCAACGGGGCUCAUCCAUCGAAGUGUGUGACUAUCCAGAGGACGCUCGACGGUAGACUGCAGGUGGCUGGCCGCAAAGGCUUCCCGCACGUGGUCUACGCCCGAAUUUGGCGAUGGCCGGAUCUGCAUAAGAAUGAAUUGAAGCACAUAAAGUAUUGUCAGUACGCCUUCGAUUUGAAGUGCGAUUCCGUUUGCGUGAAUCCCUAUCACUACGAACGCGUCGUUUCGCCGGGCAUCGAUCUCUCCUCACUGUCCCUGCAAGUGCCGAAUACAGCAGCGAAUCCCCCGGAGUCCUCGGUCGUUGCGCAUGGUGGUCACGGUGCUCUUGGUGGUCACGGAACAUUGCAGAACCACGGGAAUAUUCCAAGUCACGGGGGCAGUCUCAGCAAUCACGGUGAUCAGUCUGAAAGUAUAAAGAACGAGUACUUCAAUCCUGCUGCGACGGCGCAAUCCACCCCCGCAGCUCCUGGCUAUCAUGUCGCACCACAGAAUCGGCAGAAUCCAUUCCUGGUUCAAGGGGCGGAAAUUCGCACACCUCCACCCGGGACGAGCUAUCAGAACGGAACCUGGAACGCUCAGCCGGCAGUAGCGCCGACCGCUACCGCGGGGGGGAGCACUUUGCAAUACACGGGAGGGGAUGCGAAUCAAUUCUGGCAGGGACCCGGACCCUCACGCACACCCGAUGUCAUUUCAACUCCUCUCUUGAGCUCCCAGCCGGCACCCGAGUUCUGGUGUAGCGUUGCUUACUUCGAGCUUGACCAGCAGGUGGGAGAGACUUUCAAAGUUCCUUCGAACUACAAUUACGUUAUUGUUGACGGCUUCGUCGAUCCCUCGGGGGGCAGCAGAUUCUGUUUGGGCGCUUUAUCCAACGUCCGCAGGAGCGAAUCUUCUGAGAGAGCUCGACUUCACAUCGGGAAAGGUGUACAGCUUGAAAUCAAGGGCGAGGGUGAUGUUUGGCUCAGGUGCUUAUCGGAUCACUCGGUGUUCGUUCAAAGUUACUACCUCGACCGGGAGGCGGGUCGACAGCCCGGAGAUGCCGUACAUAAGAUAUAUCCGUGCGCCUAUAUUAAAGUUUUCGACUUGGCUCAGUGUCACGCUCAGAUGCGAGCACAAGCUCAGAACGCCCAGGCAGCUGCAGCAGCUCAAGCAGCCGCCGUGGCCGGGCAUUUGGGUGAACCAAACGCCCUCAUCCCGGGAGGGGGACUCGCCCCUGCGAUAUCUCUUUCCGCUGCCGCGGGUGUCGGCGUGGAUGAUCUCCGUCGACUCUGCAUCCUGCGGCUCAGUUUUGUUAAAGGUUGGGGGCCCGACUAUCCGAGGUCUUCGAUAAAAGAAACACCGUGCUGGAUCGAAGUCCAUUUGCAUCGCGCGCUCCAGCUGCUCGACGAAGUUCUCCAUAGCAUACCCAGGUCUCCCCCUCCCCCUCCUCCGACGCCGCGAAUGAAAACCCGCGACAUGGGAUGCCUCCAGUUCGGCGUCGAGAGGGAUGUUCAAUCACUCAUGCUGUUCCACGGUCACAAGAAUUGGAUUCUUUCGUUCGAGGCGAACUGCUCAGUUUACAAAAUGCUUCCCGCGGACAGCUUAACGUCAGAUGCCUUCGUGGUGCUGAGCACAACGCUCGCAACAGUAGCCCUUAUGAUGAAUGUCGGGCUGAUACUAGUCAUAUUCUGCCUUCCCUCGUGCUGGAAAUCUCUGUACGUGCUCAUCAAUUGUCUGAAUGGUUGUGUCGCUUCGUGUGCCUUGAUGUAUCACGCUCUCGUUGAAAUACCGGUGGGGAAAAGGGGGACUACAUUGAACUGUGUCUCUAAAUUGUCAUCAUCUAUGACGCUGUGCAUAAUCUUCGGCUACAUCGGGAGCCUCAUGUCGAUAACAGCGCACAAGUGGCUGUCCGCGAAGAAGCCACAUAUUUUGAAUAGCGUGACAAGGAACUUCAUGUUAUCCGUUUUCCUGAACUGCCUAUCUCUGCUCCAGAUUUUCUGCUUCAUUGCGAUGCUCCAUAAGGCCGAGUAUUCUAACGCGGGUGCGAAGAUCUGUCUGCCACCCUUCGAGUGGAAUGCUCGAUUCUCCGAUCUGCUCAGUGUGAGUUAUGGCGCUGAGAUAUUCCUGAUCGCUAUAUUCCUCAUCCUAUUGAGCUACACACCGGAGGAAUCCUUGCCUAUGACGACUUUCGAUCUCCAAAUCCUGUGGCUGAAGUUUUUCCUGCUUUUCCUGAGCACUUCGCCCUUCAUCGCGCUGAACAUGUAUCACGCCUCGAUUCUAGAAGAUAGCCUGUGUCUCGUCAUCAAGGACGCUGUUCAGGUUUGGACCCUCGUGGCGACGGUAGUUCUGUCGAUGACGGUCCCGGGAAUACAAGUUUUCUACGACUCCGUUCUCUGUAAAGGAACACUUUAUCUCCUGGAACGAUGUUGCUGUAUGCCGCAUGUUUCGCGAAGAGUCGUAGAAGGAGAACCUUUGGAGAAGUUUCUGCCGAGCAAAGAUCAAUUCAUCCUACGAGCAGGCAACCAGCGUCUAACUGCCGUCCGAGCAGAGACGCAGAACCAGCAAACAGAUGUCAUUUAUUGA